AUGGCAGAAAAUCCUCCGAAGGCUCCCCAUGUGCAAAAUGAAGAGCAGCUCGUCUACAAGACAGGGUUCCAGCCGCUGGAGUUAGGAUCUAGUAAGAAGAAUAGCACGGAAUAUGGUACCGGAUAUGAUCAUAAUGACAUGAGCCGCAUGGGAAAGGCUCAGGAAUUCAAGAGAAACUUCCGACCUUUGGCUGCAUUGAGUUUUGCCUCCGUCCUCCAAGCUACUUGGGAAUUUCUUCUAAUAUCCAACACUGAAGGCCUGGAAAAUGGUGGCCUGGCAGGCUUGCUUUGGACAUAUGUCUGGACACUUGUUGGGUUUGGUCUUAUCAUUGUCUCGCUGUCUGAAAUGGCGUCCAUGGCUCCUACUUCUGGUGGACAGUACCACUGGGUGUCGGAGUUUGCUUCCGAACGGUAUCAGAAGUUUUUAAGCUAUAUGACUGGUUGGAUGUCCGUCCUUGCAUGGCAGGCAGGGGCCGCCUCAGGCUCAUUUCUGACAGGUACCAUUAUCCAGGGUCUAAUCAGUGUGCGAAAUCCCGACUAUAGCCCUCAAAGAUGGCAUGGCACAUUAUUUGUCUUUGCCAUGAUUGCUGUAAUUUACUUUUUCAAUGUCUACGCGGCAGGCUGGAUGCCUCGCAUCCAGAAUGUACUACUGGCAUUACAUAUCCUCUGCUGGGUUGUAGUCAUAGUUGUUCUCUGGGCAAUGGCACCCCGGCAGCCCGCGAAGGCAGUUUUUACAGAAUUCAGCACCCUCGCUGGAUGGGACAAUGUUGGCGUUGCCUUGAUGAUAGGGCAGAUCUCUGCCAUUUACGGCUCUCUCAGCUCGGACGCGACCGCGCAUAUGUCCGAAGAAGUUCGCGAUGCCGGCCGAAACGUGCCUAUUGCCAUCGCUUGGGGAUAUUUCAGCAACGGAAUCCUAGCUUUGGUUCUGAUCAUCACUUUAGCCUUUGCUAUGCCAUCUGUGCAGGAUGCACUUGACGAUCCGACGGGAUUUCCCUUCAUUUAUGUCUUCAAGCAAGCUUUACCAGAGGCUGGUGUCAAUGGCCUCACGGCCAUCAUCCUCAUCCCUGUGAUCUUCAGCAACAUCCUAUUUAACGCGUCUACGGCGCGUCAGACUUAUGCGUUUGCCCGUGACAAAGGUCUCCCGUUUUCGAAAUGGAUUUGCACAGUCAACAAAAGGCGCAAACUCCCAGUCAAUGCUAUCGGUCUAUCCUGUAUUAUCAGUGGUCUGUUGUCGCUAAUCAAUAUCGGCUCCGAGACAGCUUUCAACGCCAUUAUAUCGCUUAACGUCGCUGCGUUAAUGUGGACAUACGCCGUAUCGAUUAGCUGUGUGAUGUGGCGCAAGAUCUACUAUCCGGAAACACUACCGGUCCGACGCUGGAGUCUUGGCGAAUACGGUAUAUAUAUUAAUAUGAUGGCCCUGUUAUACGUGCUUUUUGCCCUUUUUUGGUCCUUCUGGCCCACUGAAAGACCGGUUACUCUCGAUAACUUUAACUGGAGUGUGGUUCUGUUCGUGGGUGUCUUUAUAAUCAGUUUGGGGAUGUACGUCGUCAAAGGGCAAAAAGAGUACAAGGGGCCCGUUGUGGACGUGAAACGAGACCACUAA